AUGGCCUCGCUCAUCGAUCCUCAACUGCGAGGCUCUUCGCUAAGCAGCCCUCCAAAACCUCGCGAUAUACCGCCACAGUAUCAGAAUGGUCCGCCCGGUGCCUACUCGCCUCUGCAACCAUCACUCCAGCCGUCCCCCAAUAACUCGUACCAGUCGAUCCAGACUCCCAACUAUUACCCAAGCACUGCACAUACCCACGACAGCCCCGACGAUCAAAGCCCCCCAGCGAACCCGCACGAUCCCAAUGAUAUCAAGAGGCCGCGCGCCUGUGAGGCAUGUCGACAACUGAAGGUCAAAUGCGAGCUCGACGACAACCACCCCACCGGGUCCUGCAAGAGAUGCGCAAAGGCGAACAGACAAUGUAUUGUCACAGCCCCGAGCCGGAAGCGGCAGAAGAAGACCGAUAGUCGCGUCGCCGAGUUGGAAAAGAAGAUCGAUGCCCUCACGGCGACGUUGGCCGCAAGAGGCGGCGCGGAGUCCGAUCUCGCGGUCGACCCGGCCAUGGCGGUCACACAUGCUCCUCCUCAAGAUCCUCGUGUACAGAGCUUUGGCAGUCAGUGGCAUCAUCAUCAUCCUCCGCCGCCGCCGCCGCCGCCGCCUCCACCACCAGGCGUUCAUUCUCCGCAACAGGGGGUGAAGAGGAAGAUAACCGACUUUGACUACUUCGGCGGCGAGCUGCACAAACCUUCGCCUCAUCAGUACAAGGCGGCGGCACUUCCAAACACAUAUCAACCAGUAUUGGAGCAUACCACAAAGACCGAUGAGCCGGCUACCGUUGAUCCUGUUGAGCGUGGCCUGGUCGACAUCGUCAGUGCCAGAAAAUGCUUUGAUCGAUACAUGGCCGAAAUGUGUGAGCAUCUGCCCAUGGUGGUCUUUCCGCCCGGGACUCAAGCGGAUGAGGUUCGCAAGAACAAGCCUAUCUUGUUUCUGGCCGUCCUGGCGGUCGCUUCCGGCACGAUCCGGCCUGAUCUUCAGCCAAGAUUGAUCGUGGAGAUCACCAGAGCCCUGGCCGACCGAGUGAUAUUCCGAGGUGAGAAGUCACUCGAACUGGUGCAGACAAUCCAGGUCACGACAUGCUUCUACCAGCCUCCGGAGAAGUACGAAGAGUUGAACUUCAACCAGCUCAUCCAUGUUGCCGCUGUUAUGGCUCUAGACCUAGGCAUGGGGAAACGAUCAAAACGAGGCGUUGGGGGGAUCUGGCGGCCCUAUCAUGAAAACAAGAGACCCUUGUCGGACCCCAGCAGCGCAGAGGUGCGCCGAUGUUGGCUGGGCUGCUACUACAUGUGCUCCAACUCCUCCAUGUCUCUUCGACGGCCUCUCCUCAUCCGGUGGAGCCCGUACGCCGAUGAAUGCAUCGACAUCUUGAGCUCUUCUCCAGAUGCGCUUCCCUCGGACAAGUACCUGUGUCAUCUCGUCCGGGGCCAGCACAUUACUGAGGAGAUCGGACUUGAAUUUUCCAUGGAUGACCCAGCUUCUCAGGUGUCAUUGACAGACCCCAAGACCCAGUCUCACAUGAAGGCUUUCGAGCGUGAGCUUGCAGCAUGGCACGAUUCAGCCACCAAGGACAUGCUUAAGAAGCCAAUUGUGCAGCACACCAAGGGCAUUAUUAAUCUCUACAUGCACGAAAUCGCCAUGCACCAUAACCAUAAUAUCGACGACUUCCGACCUCCAUACAUCGCUACUCCUAUUGAUGGGCCUCCAGACCCGGACACGCCAGCCCAUGUCGAAGCUCUCACGACUUGUAUCAACUCCGCCCACUCCGCAUUUGAAGCCUUCCUCAGUAUGGACGUCGCAGCUCUGCGCGCAUUACCCACUCUUUUCUUUGUUAGGAACUCCUAUGCCGCAGUCGCAUUAAUCAAGAUGUACUCGGCUGUCUCUGCGAAAGGCUCGAAAUUCAAUGCCAUCUUCAAGACCAGAGAUCUGAAGGUCGAGUACUAUCUUGACAGAAUGAUUGAAGCGCUCAGCAAGGCUUGUGAGGACGACAUGUCCCGCGUCGCCCACAAAUUCACUUUGAUCUUCAAUAUGCUCAAGAGCUGGCACAUGAAGAGAAUCGACUCGGUCAACAACGGAAGCGGCCCAGUCUCGAGACAGCGGACACCGGCAAACGGGUCCGUCAACUCGAGAUCAAACAGCGUGCCGCAUACACAAUCAAGCGCCUACAAGGCUGUCCCUCCACAACAGGAUCCCUCAAGCCUAGGCUGGAAUUCGCAACAUCGCGCAUCGAUUGACGGCGGUCCUCCGCCUCCACAAACUCAAGCCCAACCCCGGAGCGGCCUUCAAAUGCUCUCCGACGCAGCCAUGGGCCCCGGUCCAGGUCCUGGGCCCGGCACGUUGAUGCCACAACCACAACCAACCCCUCAACAACAAUGGUCCCACACGAUAAUGAACCAGCCCACACAGCCAAACAUGCUCCCUGGAAUUAAUCACAUGCCUGCUUCAGGACCGCCUGGCUAUGACCAAACUGGUAUGAUGCCCUACAUGAUGCCCGGCCCCGGCGGAGACAUGAUCCCGAUGGAUUUUACGAAUGAUGAGCUCAUGGCAUUUGGGUUUGGGGACGAGUUCCUUGCCAUGAAUUUCGGGUUUGAGACCAGUGGGUGGCCGCUAUAG